UUAUAGGCGAGUCCAGCUGCCCCUUUGGCAGUGUGUUCAUAGAGAUUGUGGUCUAUUUUGGCUUUAUUUUGGGGUUGGAGUUUGUUGUGAGGCACUCGUUGUACUUGCGUCAAAAUGGCUGACCAGCUCACAGAAGAGCAGAUUGCUGAGUUUAAGGAGGCAUUUUCACUCUUUGACAAGGAUGGAGAUGGCACCAUCACCACCAAAGAGCUGGGCACAGUUAUGCGCUCGCUGGGUCAGAACCCCACAGAGGCAGAGCUGCAGGACAUGAUCAAUGAAGUGGAUGCUGAUGGAAAUGGAACGAUAGACUUUCCAGAGUUCCUGACCAUGAUGGCCAGGAAAAUGAAGGACACAGAUAGUGAGGAGGAGAUCAGAGAAGCAUUCCGUGUCUUUGACAAGGAUGGCAAUGGAUAUAUCAGUGCUGCUGAGCUGCGCCAUGUAAUGACUAACCUUGGAGAGAAGCUGACUGAUGAAGAAGUGGAUGAGAUGAUCAGAGAAGCAGACAUUGACGGCGAUGGACAGGUCAAUUAUGAAGAGUUCGUACAAAUGAUGACGGCGAAGUGAAGGCCUUGUACAGAUUUCGUAUAUAAAUUUGCCCCCUUUUGCCACCCCCCCUUGUGUAAUUUAUCUGUAAAAUCUUAAUAGUCCUCUUUGUCCCUGCCCCUUAUGCUGUCCAAAGGAAUAGCAUGUAAACUGCAUAGGCUCUUGUCCCCAUGUCCCUUUCUUUUGCUGUCCUUGUGUUUUGGAGUGACAAAACAGUUGUACAACCAGAUACCAGUGGAGGCCCCUGGGAGCCAGAGAACUUCGAUUCUUCCUGUCUUAUGUGCUCGGGGCCCCUCCACGCAUGAUGACAUUGGAAACCUGUCAGCUGGUUGUCAUUUGGCAACACUGUUGGCAUGGAAACGGUGUGGAAGAGUUUAAACUCUAUGGACUGUGGACAAAGUAUAUAUGGAAAUCUCAGCAUUGCACUACUGCAAAAAAAUGACACGGGUGUAUCUCCUAGGUACUCGUACAAACUCUUUUUGUAUCUGCUGUUCUGUAUACCAGAAAAUGACUAAUCUUGCCAUGUUGUGUUUUUUUUUUUUUUUUAACUCAUAAAUGACCUCUGGUCAUGCCUCAAUAAUCCAUUCCAAGUUGUAUAUUUUGUUUUGCAAUAAAAUUUACAAUCUAUUUGGA